AUGUUUCUAUGCAAAAUGGCGGCAGAUUUGUUUUGGACAACACUUUUUACAAUUCUCUUCUUCGCCUUACCAGCGUUGAUAAGAAGUCAAAGUAAUAGAACUGUGUUUUCUCCCUCGUCUACGUCAGGUAGGUAAUUUGCACGAUAUGGAUUGUUCUCCCUCUGGGUUGCGUGAAUUUCAACACGAUCUUCAGUAUUUAGCUAAUGGUCGGUUGCAUCAUCUUUUUGUACUAUUCAAAAUAUCGAUGGUGAACCAUUAUUAGUGUGUAAACGUGGAAAGGCUCACGCAACAUCCUAUCACCACUGUUACAUAAGUAGAUCCGCGAUCACUCUCUUUUCAAUUGCAUUGCCUGUAUUUCGAUGCUUUUCCUGGACUGCUAACUAGUCAAUUGACAUUACAGAAAUAUACUUAACUCGUUGGUUAUAUUAUUUGGCGUGUCUUUCUAUCGUUCAUUUAAAUCUUCAUGAACGUAUGUUCUCUCAGACAUGGUUUGAUGCCACUCUGGUGUAAAGAUUUAAUGAAUGAAACCGAGAAGUUACAAUUCAUGAACCUAAAUAGUCUUCUCAAUUUCUUUUUAUAUCCGAAGCUUUUCUUAUCAAUCAGCCUACGUGCACUAUUUUUGGAAAAUCUUCCAUCCCAUGAAAUUUCUUCUUUCUUACGUAACAAACUGUCUGUAGCACUUUUUUGAGGCUUUUUGUAUUGUCAUGAUUUGUGCUUGUUGCAGUCAUUCUUGGACACAAAUUUGGAGGAAGCUAUUGAGAUAUUCUUCCCUGGAAACAUUUUAUCUUUUCAAAUUAUUUGUGUAACUCCCCUUUAACAUCUUCCUUCUAUCAGUACAUUCCCUCAGUCUUGCAUUUUGGUUGACAUUUUAAAAUGCAGAAUGUAAACUUUUAAGAUUUCUUGAAUGGAAGGAGUCACGAGACUGUUGUGAAUGUUCUUGUAUUAUGAGUUCAAAGAUCAGUUGGUCCCAACACAUUUCAAUCAAGAUUUUUCAGCAACAAACCCUUGUGCUGGUAUAAGUGGCCAUCCAUUUGUUCUCGUAGUGAACAUUAAAUUUUGUUGAACAUGUUUAUUAAUUUUUGUUAGAAACAUUUGCAUCACUCUAGGGAAAAUACAGUACCAGCCCAGUGGUCACAUGUGCUCAUAUGCAUACAUUUGAUCAGCUAUGGGUGCAUAGUACAUUAAUACCAUAACUUAUUCUGAUUUUGAAAGGUUGCACUUGUGAUCUAACUGGUAAUGGGUGUGAUGUGAAUUGUUGCUGUGAUACUGACUGUACCACAGUAGAUCAACAGUCAUUUACAGAAUGCAGAGACAAUGAUGUCAAGUAUGUUUUCUUUGUUUUCCAUGCUGAAACAAGACAUAUCAUGCUUUCUGGUUGUUGCUGUUUUCAAAGUUUUUAUAUUUUUUAGAAUAAACUAAUGCUUAACUUUUAUCAAAUUUUAUACUGGAUAUUGAAGUGAAAGUCAACUGAAACUGAGGAUCUAUCUCUAGAAUUGCUGAUUUUUUUUGUUAAUCAAAAAGGAGAAGUUAUUUCUAUUUUCAGUUUUAAUAUUUAAAAAUAACCUUGAUUGGUCUUUGAGUUAUAAUUUGUGUGUUCUCUUGCAGUCGAGAUAGCAGAGUGUGUGUUUCCGAAGAAGUUAUUUUUAAGCAAAACACCAAGUUUUUGACUGAAACUACAGGGACUGGUUUGUUCUGUGUUGUCAGAGACAACUGUGAGUAAUUGAUUUAAAAGUAAGCACUUGAAGAAAUAUAGUCUGUGUAACAUGCAAAUGCUUAAACUUUAUUUGACUUGAGAUAGAUCAAAUGAUAACAGAAUUUAAGAGGCACCUCAAUUAAGCAGACAAUACAAUGAAGAGGGUGCCCUUUGGUUCCACUUAACCCUUGGACCCCUAAGAGAGAACAGCAUCUAAUUUCUCCUUAUAAUAUCACCCCUGAAUCACACAUUAAGGUUAUGAGAAUAAUGGAAAUGAUCACCAACCAAAGAAUCUCUUGAUUAUUAAAUAAAUUCUCCUUUUCAGCAUCUUAGGAAAUGUGUGGUGAGCAAUCAGUAAGGAAAAUAUGCAUACUGAUACUUGGGCAUUAAGGGUUAUUAGGGGAGAUUUGACAGUAACCUUUUUUUUUUUUAAUUUUAAUGGCAAAUAAAAUAUUCUUGGUAGCUUAUAGUAUGGGAAAUGCACUACGGGUAUAUAUCUAGCACAUAACUGCAUGUUUCACCUAACUCACUGUAUGCAAUAAAGCUACACACAUAGUUGUGUAUAAUUAAGACAUAUCCUGAAACUUUAAAUGAUCAAAGGUGAAAUUUGAUGGAAUUACAACUGUACCUUUAUGUCACAUUAUAGAUUAUUUUCCAAAGUUGCCAUGUAAAUUGUUGCUGUCUUUGCUAAUUAUUGAUUUGCAGAUGAAUCUCGCAAUUUUUAUAAUGAUGUGCAGACUGCUACUACCAGUGAAGAAUUCUCUAACUUAAAGAGUCAAUCAGCAGCUGCUACUGUGUAUGAUUACAGUGGACAGUCAGAUACAAGUUCUUCAGGAUCAACCUCAUACAUGGUAAUCACCUACAGAAAAAUUAAUGAUCUAUGGAGACUUUUUUAAUAGCGAGCUAUAAAAAUAACACCAGCCAGCAAAGGUAAAAAUAUAUUUCAGAUCAAGACAGGUAAAUUACUGUUUUCAAUUGUCAUUUUUAAGUGGCCAAUGCUUCCCAAACAAGCAAAAUUAUAUACAGUAGUAAGCAGAAACCCUGGCUGCUGGUGUUUUAUGAGGACGCUGUCACAGUAUGUAAGCUAGGAAGUGUUGUUUGCAUACAUCAAUUGGAGACCUACAUGUGUAUAUUGUACACUCUGCUCGUGAAAUUUCUCAGGAGAAGUAAGUCAAAAUCUAGCUAGCUGUUCUCACUUUUCUUUGCGUUCCAUUCAUUUGCUUGUCUUUUGAGUUCUCACAAGAAAUGUCUGCUGGGAUCAUGACUUUGCAUGUAUCCACAUCAGUGAUGUUAGAUACUACCAAGAUAUCCUUGUAGUUUUGACAUCUGCAAUGUAUCCUUACUUCUUACAGGUGGGUGAUCCAAUCAUUCUUCAAUUUAACAAUGGUGCAAAAGGAUUCCUAGUCCUACCCAGACCCUUGCUUGGAGGUGAAUGUGAUGACAGGAGUGCUGCAGGUACUUGUACAUGUAUGCAAGAAAAGAAAAAAUCUUGGCACCUGAUUUUUAUAGAAGAAGGCAGAGUUCACAUUUAGGAUCAAUCUCAUUUUAUAUUUUAUAUUUAUAACAACUUUAUUUAAAUAAUAACAUAUAACAUAUUAUUAUUAUUAUUAUUAUUAUUAUUAUUAUUAAAAAAGGGUUAUAGAAGGGAGGAACUUAAUCCUCAUUGUAAACUAUACCCCAGAUAUAAAAAUUUAAUACUAUGCAAUACACAUAUACAUACUGAAACAUUUUACAUACAAGCAUAUAUCUAUAUAAAUAUAAAAUCUAAAUAAAGAAGACAAAUUUUGUUUAAAAUUAUAAUUAAAUAAUGUAUAAUACAUAGAAUAAUUUAAUUUUGUAAUUAUAGGCCUUGUUAAAUAAUGUUGAUUUUAGAGCUUUCUUAAAAGCAUUCAUUGAGUCAAGUUCAACUACUGAUGACAGCAUCUAACUCUUACAAAGAUUUACUUACUUUACUUCAGUGAAUGUAAGUAAUGAUGCUAAUUUUUCUUUUUCUUCCAGGAUAUCGUCAGGAUGCUAGCAUAGAGUGCACCAGAACCAUUACAGAUUUGACUACAGAAUGUGAAUCAAAUGCAGUACUAAGUGCUAGAAGUUAUUUUGAAGGCUUUGAGGUUGUUAAGGUAAAGAGUCUUUUGCAUCCUCUAUUUUACAUCUUUUAGGAAAAUUUAGCCUGCGCAACAGGAACUUGUUGAGAGUGGCAUUAACGAAUGCACAAUGAGAUCAAAAUGUAUUAUAUUACUUCUGGGUUGCACUUCUUGGUCCAAUUUACUUGUAUACCUGGUUUAUACAAGGGCCUACAACACUGACAAAUGAGCAAUGAUUUAUGAAUUAAAGCUGUGUUCCUAUGUGAAGAGAGUACAUUGCCUUUGCCACAUGAUUAUUGCAAUAAAGGUAAAGUCUGUACUCAAGCUGAAUGGCCUAUCCAGCCAGAGCUUAUAUAGGUUUCCAUAGCUUGAAGCGACCAGAAGUAUUGCUACUUCCCCCCCUGGAAGUGAUGCCAAUCAAUUGUAAAGUUAUCCCCCAACAUUUUGUCAGGCUUCCUUGAAAUUAUGGCAGUACCCAAUCAUACUCCUGACAGAAGAACUGUGAAAGUCAAGUGUUUUAUCCAAGAACACAACACAAUAGUCAGGCCUCAAACCUGGACCACUUGACCCAAAGUCCAGUGCACUGACAAGCAGGUCACCACAUCUCCCACCGAAUUUUGUGAUACUAGUCUUGUAUUGAUGGAACUAAAUUUAGCACUGAUAAAUCUGUCAUCCUACAAGGCUUUAUCUCUGCACUGUGAAUAACAUAAAUGUCUAAAUUUGUGUGCAUGCAGAAUCCUGCCAUCAUCCCAUCAAAUAGUACAGUCACCAACUCAACUAACAACUCAACCAACAACUCAACCAACAACUCAACUAGCCCUGUCAGUAACUCUGUAGCUGUUGAAGUCAAACAGCCUGUGUUGUGUAAAACAAACCUUGGUAUACCAAUUCAGUGCUCCUUCACUUUACCCCCACAUCCAACUUUAGAUGCUCAAAACAAGACAUGUAAUGAUGUUACUUAUGAGGUAAGCAAAAUUAACCAAAUGAUGAUUGAAGCUCUCUUGUUGGGCAAUUUAGCCAGAUCACUCAUUAUAUCGGUUAUGAACACCCUCACGAAACCCUGUUUGAAUUCCAACGCAUAUAGGAAGUUUAUGUUUAUACAUUUCUGUAAAUGGUGGUCAUACUUGCACAGGUUACAAUAUUAUGAUACGGUCAGCUUUCUCUUUACAGCCAGUUUUGUAGGUGAUCACUUCCUCAACAACCACUUUGUAAAAUACUAUUACUUUUGUUUGUUAGUUAAAUAGUGGUUCAAAACCUCUCCCGUAGCCAAUUGCUUGUCAAUUUUGUCAGGGGGCAACAACCUCUUUAAAGGCCAGAAAUUCAGAAAGUUAUUUUGUUCAGUGCUUCCAAUUGAUGACACUCCACAAAUUUAGGGAAAUUUUGAUGUUACUUAACUGCCAUCACGAAGAUCUCUAUUUGCGAAAAAAUAAUGCCCUGUUCAGCCAGUGUCUUAUUGAACUCUCUUAGAAAUUUAGCGCAGUGGAGUUGCAAAAACAAACGGCAAGUCUGCCUGUUAGAGUUUGAUUCUCAACCAGUUGCUUUGUUUUCACUGAUGAGAAAGGAGUGACUGUUAGGGACAGUUACUGUCAUAAUAUUUGAUAUGUGGAUCCAAUCCCAUUUUUGCUGGCCAGGUGUCAUAUACAAUACUUUAUUCCAAUGACUCAACUGACAUUGUGUCAGUGCUGGCUGAGUUUGUAUUGGGAAGCAUCACAGCAGAAGACAGAGUGGCCCUGAGGCAAAAAGUCUCCGUCAGGUUUCUAAAGGUAUUGUAAUCAUUAACAGCAAACUAUUUUUUCACUCGUAACAUAUUGAUACAACAUUCGUAGUCUUUCAAGGAGAGCAAACUAUAGAACACCUGUAAUUUGUUUUGCUGCGUUAAAAUUGUAUUUCAUUGUUUUCUACUGUAAAUGGUUUGAAUGGUUUGUUUUAUUUGCCAUAUGAUUAUAUGUAAUAUCAUAUAACACAACAUAACAGGUAGCACUGAAACCCCCUGGAUCAGACUACUCAACCAAAUUGUUAAUUAUUAGUUUCUUCGUCGCUUAAAGUAUGCUAGGAUGUGAUGCUUAGGUGUGCAUGUGUUUUCUUUUAAUGUACCUUCAGUGAAUUAAAUAUUGAAUGAAUACAUUGUUUUUAUGCAAAUUUCGUAGGCCGGAAGUGAAGACAACACAUUCAAGAGAUCAGGCAAUCCUGGUUACAUUGUUGGCGAACCUCUGGUUGCAGGCAAUUUGACCCCAGAUGGUAACAAGUAUCUUUUUUUCUUUUUUUCUUAAAUCUUUCUAUAGAAGACAGACCGAGUACUUCUGGCGACUUAGACUAGAAGUAUGACAGUAGGAAUGUCGCGAUCCUCAAUUUCUAACUUGACUCGGGAAUCGAUAAUGAAUCGUGAGAUAAACGAAUGACAGUUUACCUAUCAAUACAAGAUCGUAUAUUUUCUGUGUAAGGCGUCUGCGAAUCAGACGAAAAUGAACGAGUUCCGGCUUUUUUUGUUUGUGGUGAUUGUUAUCGCUGCGUGAUGUUUUGCAUCGAGCAAAGCAGGAAAACUGCUUUUGGUCUUUUUGUGGUUAAGUGCUUGUGUAUCUUGUGGAUUUUCCUCGACAUUUGGUAGGGAGGCGAUCGCUCUGAACAGCGACCGUAACACUUGGCUAACAAUCAUCAGUCCUACAGCAGGUGGAACUUGCUGCAGUAACUGCACUGAUCGUACCUCGGUAGCAUUUGGAGUAGACAUGCGCACUGGCUGCACUAUCAGGUAAUGAUGUGAGGCCAUCUGUUGGCGAUAAAGUUAUACAUUAUUCUUUUUCUGUUCUAAUUGUAUGCUCGUAAUCUUUGUACCAUCUGCUGAUUAUAUAGUAUACAAGUAGCUGCUACGUGCAGCUCUUCUAGAGUUCAUGGUGCGAAAUCUGUAUCCCAUCGAUUAGGGAUGUUUGGGUUUUUUUAAAGGGGACCUGCCACCCGAAUCUUUUCGCGGAGUUUCCAAAAGUUUCUGAAAGUUUUUUCGAUAAGUAAUUACAAAACUUGGUCUUCAGUGAUCUAAUUUCUAAAAUCAGGGGUUUCUAGAAAGAAAGAUUAUUACUUCAGUUCGAGUUUAUCUUACUUUAUACAUGUGUACUGAUUUUGUCGAUAGUGGGGAGCUUCAGCACAGGUAGUUUUGUGACGCAAAAAGCAGCAAAAAGUGGAGUGUUCUUUUCUUUGGCGAUCGCUAUAGAUCCUUUGCCAGCAGCGUUCUAUUUAUAUGUAAAAUGCUCAAGCUGGUGAUGUUCAGUUGACUUCUUGAUGUCAAAACUCGCCAGAAUAAGUUGAAUUCUGCUUCCGGUCGUCGCCCACGUCUCCUAUACUUCUGCAUCAAAAUUCAUUCAUGAGUCAAUUUUCAGCUUAGAAUUUUCAUCAAAUUUAUAUGCUGGGUGCGAGAUGAUAUGGGACUGAAGUUUUCGACCGCUGGCUUGAAAGUUGGCGGAUACAGUUUGUAUGAUUUAUCUGCCAAGUGCGAGAUGAUAUGACACUGAAGUUUUCUACCGCAGGCUUGAAAGUUGGCGGAUACACUUUGUAUGAUUAUUAUACGUAUUUGACAUGAUUCUGCAGCGGAUGUUAAUGGCAUGUUUUAUUUCCAGCAUCCCGCAGGGAUCACAGUUACAGUGCAAGUUGCUUCAAGAAACAGUGUACAACACAUUGUUAAGAGACCAACCCACUUACGUGGCUUCUUUCGGAAACUCAGAUGUGAACAGCGUGGGAGACUGGGUAAAGAUUCUUAACACCAAACCCUCGGACGAGGUAGAGUGAACUGUGUUAUUCACGGUCACUGUUAUUGUUGCUGUUGUUUUUGUUGUCGUUGAUUACGUUUGAGAUAACUUUUUUUCCUUUGCUAACUUUCCACUCAGCCUGUACAAGGAGACAAUGAGUGUCGGAACAUGAGAUUGGGGCUUCACAUCGAAGUUCUGUUUGCAAAUUUUGGUUUCUUAGCCAAACCCCAACCGCGGGUAAGAUAUUUGAAUAUAUUUUUUGACUACCUAUCCCGAGCCUGAGAAUAUUACUGACGAGAGACGCUAUAUUUGCGGGCUACUGAUUUGUAUGCUUAAUGAUGCACCGUAGGCUACAGGUUACUUGAAACAGUUUGCUGCACGAUGUUACACCCAACGCAUUCAUCGAUAGUGAUGAUAUGCUUGCACAAAGGCUCCUGGGUAUUCUGAAAAAUUAAAAAAAAAACCGAUUCGUAGGAUAUUACAGACUGAGGUACUUCUGUCAAAUGCGUCGCAUAACUGACACAUCUGUCAUGUCUUAUCAGGCCCUUGGUAUUUGCUCCUGGUACUUGAGCAUUCUUGAACCGUUUUGGUAUGUCAAUGUGCAUGUAAUUUUACGCCCUGCAUGUGCAGUCGAACAAAAACAAAUGAUAUCAGUCAGAUACUUCAACGUCAAGUCUAAAAUGGAAGAACUCAAUGCCGGAAGAGAUAGUAUAGAUUGUAAAUUUGUCUUGGUUUUGUAUCAGGUCGUGGGAGUUAUGUAUACAUAUGACGAACCGAAAGAUGUGCAGUAUCAGGUAAGAUCACUGUCUUCUAAUCGUUCUCAAAUCUCUAAGUUUGAAAUUCAUUUAUCGAGGGAUUGAUAGAAUAGCCGAGUAUAUGACCGAGAAAGGUGGUCAGCUGGAAAAUCUACGGACCAUUAGGUUUUCGAAGGUAAAUUGUAGUAAAUACUGUAACAUUUAAACUGCCUGAGGGCGUGGGAAAACGCGUUACCAAGUCGCGAUUAGUUUAAGUGUUAAAUCUAAUGCGUUGAAAAAAAGAAGCCAGUUUUCUGGGCCAAUUACGAUGUAAGGCGAGUCAAAGAAAUCUCGAAUUAUUUUCGGCACUCGAUUGAAAAUUGCUUCAAGACCCUCGGAGCAUCAAACCUUCUAUCAUCUUGCAAUUUUUAUCCGCAGUGCAGGGGAAUUAACUGUCAGCCUGGUAGCUCCAGCCUCGAGCAGCGAGUGGAGGUCGUCUCAUCGGUCGGUUUCGUUGAUGUCUCCAACCGACCAGAACCGCUGGUCAAACCUGUACCUACCUUUGAGGCUAAAGCAGCGUCCGAUUUCUUUUUCCCUUUCUUUUGAACCGAUCAGUUUAUUGACUAACCACCCUGGUUAGAGCAACUCGUAGACCCAAACGAAUUGUCUUCGAAAUCGUUUCAGCGUUCACGACGAGUGCUCGGCGAUUCCCAGCAAAAGACCAUCGUCUCAGAGAUUGCAUGGUAACGGAGAUACAAAUCUGAUAAACUGCUCAGUUUGUAAUUUAGAAACUUCUUCAACAAACUGGAGUCCGCAGUCAGUGCGGAAGGUACAUGUAUCAUGGAAGGGAAAAAAAUAAUGUUUUUUUUGUUGAAAGCAAAGAUUCAAGUAAUGCGGCAAACUGGUUCGAAAUAGUUGGGAAACGAUGUGCAAGGAUGUACAACCUGCUCGACAUCUGACAAAUCAGUUUAACAUCGGAUUGGGGGGAAGAAGGAAGUGGUAGAUCAGGCGUUAACGGUGGAAACAAAAACUGGAAUGCAGAGAAUAUGUUGGAGUACCUUCGUGGACUGGUUUUGUGGAACAUGACCAGGUCUAACUACUAACAAUAGUUUUAUUUAUUAAAAAGGAAAUUCCAAAGUAACUGAUAUUACACUGCGGCGUUGUAAUUAUGAUAAAGUUUGUUGUUUGCACUUGUUUAAAUAUUCUUGCAAAGGAAAAGUUUUCAGUUAAGUGUGUAUCAUUUUGAUUGUAACGAAGAUACACCAAAGUGUGUUAAAGGAUAAUACGUCUCAUCAUAUGUAUCUCUUUGUUGAAUGGAUAAAUGGAUAAAAUCCGUGACAACUGUUGCUUG